AUGCACUCAACACUAGACAUCCCAUUCCUAAACGCCAACCCCACACCAAAUCGAACCAUCAUAAUCGGCGGGGGCAUCGUCGGCGCAUCCCUCGCCUUCCACCUCUCCACCAAAAGCGCACACCACAUCGUCCUCAUCGACAAAGACCUUCAGACACAACUAGGCUCAACAGGCCACGCCCCAGGCUUUGUCGGCCAACUGAACGAGUCUCCCGUCUUGACCAGACUCGCCCAAGAUACCGUAUCUGAUUACCUCUCCAUCCCGGGCGGAUUCAACACCGUCGGUGGGUUGGAACUCACAUCCACACCGUCAGGGUUGGAGACGUUACGUCGGAGACGGGAUUUGGCGAAGGAGGCGGGGUUACCGGCUGAGCUUGUCGAGCCGGAGGAGGCCGCUUCUCUUGCCCCGAAUUUCGUUGAUGGAAGCUCGGUAGCGGGGGGAUUGUUUUUCGCAUCGGAUGGGACUGCUGAUGCGAAGGUUAUCACGUCGUAUUAUCUCGAGCACGCUCGGGAUAGAGGGGUGGAUUUCUUGGAGGCAGCCGUGACAGGCUUCGGCACCAAGAAGGGGGACGACGAAAACAUCGCAAGGAUAGCAACUAUCCGGACUAAGGACGGGGACAUCGACUCAGAAAAUAGCAUCGUGAUCCUAGCGACUGGGAUUUGGACCUCUUCACUGCUUUCAACGGGGCAUAGCUCACCUAUUACACAACUUCCCAUCCCCAUCGUCCCCGUGGCACAUCCAUACACCUUCACUCGGCCUCGACCUCCACGUGCUGGCAAGCCAUCCCCCUUUGUCCGCUGGUUAGACCAUCACGUCUACGCGAGAGACCACGGUGACCGGGAUGGUAUGGGUUGUUACAAUCACGCUCCAGUCCUGCUGAACCCGGAUCAAAGCGCGAUCGGAGCGUGGCUGUCGGAUUUCGAGCAAGUACUCGCGGAUGCUUCUUCGGUACCGAAGAAUGGGGCUGAGUUCCAGGUCAGCGGACACAGUGGAGCCUCGGCGGAAAAACCGGAAGUAGCAGGGAAAGAUCCGUUUAAUGGUAUCUUCGCGGUAACGCCUGAUAAUCUCCCACUCGUCGGCCGCGUGCCCGACGUGGGCAAUCUAUGGCUGUGUGCUGCGAUUUGGGUCACGACUGCUGCUGGCGCGGCGAAGUUGCUGGUGAGGGAGAUUCUUGGUGAUGGCGCUGCUGCGCGCAGGGAUGCGAUGCUGCUGGACGCGCUGAGCCCGAAGCGUUUCUGGGGUCUCGAGCCCGACUUGCUUAUCAGGAGGGCUUUGGGGCAGUAUAAUGAUAUUUAUAACCGAGGGGCUGGGACGAGAUGA